AUGGGCAGUAUGAUCCAGCAUUCGAUGGCUCUCACUAUAACUCAACUUUGUUGUGGCAAUAAAAUAGAGCCAUUACCAUUACUCACCCAGGACCCGGAUUAUACAGAGGCAGCAGAAACGAUCCUAACCAAGAAAGGAUUCAAAAUUGUUGGACUCUACGGCGCAGGAGGAUUCGCGGAAAUCGACGAGGAAUCAAUCGUGAUAUCGCCCUUUGCUGCCGCCCCAGUGAAGCAGAUUAUCGCCGAUCUUGCUCGUCCCAUACUCAUUAUUUCCACUGGCUUUGAUGUCUUCAAUAGCAAUGAAAAGCCAUUGGCGGAUGCUGAAUCUCCGAGAACAAGACAAAUGUGGCUUGAUUAUGAUACCUUUAGCCUUCCAAGCCAUUCUGAUGAUGUCGAAAUAGGCUGUGCAUUGAAAGGAUUAUAUUUGUAUCAUAGACGCCAGCAACCUCUGGAUUCGCAUGGAGCUUGA